AAUACUUUUUUGGAUUCCUUGCCCUCGUCUCCAAGCAAAGCAUCGAAUCGAUCCGCGGAGAGCGACGGCUGCCUGAUCGAGCGAGCGAGCGAGCGAGCGAGCGACCUGGAAUCGAUUCCGGCGUGGAUGCCUCUUUCUUCCUUGCUCCGGUGCGCUGUGGUGUCGUUGGCUGCGGGGGAUGGGGUCGUGGAUUUCGAGCAUCGUUAGGGCGGAACACGCCGCCAGCGGCGGCGGACUCGGCGCGGGCCUCGGGGACUUGCCCGAGAGCUGCAUCGCGGAGGUGCUGCUGCACCUUGAUCCGCUGGAGGUCUGCCGCGCGGCGCGGCUCAGCAGGGCUUUCCGAGGGGCGGCUUCUGCGGGCGUCGUGUGGGAGACGAAGCUGCCGAAGAACUACGCGUACUUGAUGGAGAAGGCGAUGGAUGAGACGGCCAGGGCACGUCUUUGCAAGAAGGAGAUCUAUGCGCGAUUGUGCCGGCCGAAUCCCUUUGAUGGCGGCGCCAAGGAAUUUUGGCUGGAGAAGAACAGGGGUGGAAUCUGCAUGUCUAUUUCCUCAAAGGCAUUGCUGAUUACAGGAAUCAGCGAUAAGCGAUACUGGACAUUCCAUACAACUGAGGAAUCUAGGUUUAAGAGCGUUGCAUACCUUCGGCAAACCUGGUGGUUUGAGGUGGUUGGGGAAGUAGAUUUCUGCUUCCCAGCUGGGACUUAUAGCGUGUUCUUUCGACUCCAUCUUGGUCUUCCUUCCAAGCGGUUCGGUUUCCGAAUAUGCAACUCUGAACACAUCCAUGGGUGGGACAAAAAGCCUGUGAAAUUCCAGCUAUCGACAUCGAAUGGCCAAAAGGUUCUUUCCAAGUGCUCUUUAAGUGAGCCUGGAAGUUGGAUAAACUAUCGUGUAGGAGAUUUUGUGGUAGACAAAUGUGAUGUACCUACCAGGCUCAAGUUCUCGUUGACACAGAUAGAUUGCACACACACUAAAGGUGGCAUUUGUAUAGACUCAGUAUUCAUAUUUCCCAAAGGUUUUAUGCAGGGAAAGGUUUUCAACACAAGUGCGAUUUUGUAGGUUACAACAUUUAAACAAUAGAUAUGCAAGUAAUGUAUAUUGUUCCUUAUUCAACGGUUUGAUUAUAAAAGGGUAGAUUUUGCA